CAUGAUGGAGACCAAGUCACAGCACAGAAGUGAUGACCAACCGGCUCGGUGAACAAAACCUCGCCAUUAUGGAUCCGUGACCAGAUCUUAAUCCCAUGGAGAACCUGUGGACCAAACAAAAACCCAUAAAUUGUGAUAAACGCCGCACAGUCAUAAGGAAGAGCUGGGAUUUCCUUCCCCCUGAGCUCGGCGAAAACAAAGGCAAGAGGGAGAGACAGCCUGAGUGAAAAAGAGAGCUCUGGAGACAGCCUGAGUGAAAAAGGGAGCUCUGGAGACAGCCUGAGUGAAAAAGAGAACUCUGGAGACCGCCUGAGUGAAAAAGGGAGCUCUGGAGACAGCCCAUCUGAAAGAGAGCCCAGAGACAGCCCAUCUGAAAGAGUGCCCUGGAGACAGCCCAACUGAAGAGAGAGCCCAGAGACAGCCUGACUGAAAGAGAGCCCCGGAGACAGCCUGAGUAAAAACAAAAGAGUUCCGGAGAAAUCCUGGAGACAGCCUGACUGAAAAAAGAGCGAGAGAGAGAGAGAGACAGCCUGACUUGAGAGAGAACACUUUAGACAACUCAACUUAGAGAGAGCCCUGUAGACAGCCUGACUACUCCAGAGAGCCCAACUGAAAGGAGAGCUCCAGAGACAGCCUGACCAUGGAAUAGGAUACAGAGACUGAUAGGACUAUAGGAAAAUGUAUUUGGUGCCUAUAAAGUAUCUUUAUUUUUGAGGGAGGAGAGAGACAAGUUGUGACAGUCUAGGUAAGAGACAUCUAAGGCAGGGACAGACUAGACUGUGAUAUAUAAGGCUGGACUCCAGAGUGAUAACGUGACCUCAGAAGUGGAUAAGACUGACCCCGGUUAGCUGUGGGGUCAGUAAGAUGGCUGCCAAGGACUACGAUCAUUUAUUCAAGCUUCUGCUGAUUGGAGACUCAGGGGUGGGAAAGAGCAGCCUGCUUCUGAGGUUCUCAGACAACUCCUUCUCUGGAAGCUACAUAACAACAAUUGGAGUGGACUUUAAGAUCCGGACCAUUGUUCUGGACGGAGAACGGAUUAAACUGCAGAUCUGGGACACGGCUGGUCAGGAAAGGUUUCGGACAAUUACAUCAACGUAUUACCGGAACACUCAUGGCGUCAUUGUGGUCUAUGAUGUCACCAACCCAGAAUCCUUUGUAAAUGUGAAGCGAUGGCUCCAUGAGAUAACACAGAAUUGUGACUCCGUGUGCACAGUGCUUGUGGGUAAUAAAGAUGAUGACCCGGGCCGAAAACAUGUUGAAACUGCAGAUGCAAAAAGGUUCAGUGACCAGAUGGGCGUCAGAUUGUUUGAGACCAGUGCGAAGGAGAACCGCAACGUGGAGGAGAUGUUCUUAGCGGUGACCCGUCUGGUGCUGAGGAUGAAGAAGGAGAGCCAGGCCCGGCUGAGACCCUCCGAGGUGGUGACCAUCACCAAGACCAAGAAGAAGCCGCACGUCAAGCGAUGCUGCUGAGGGGCCCCGAAGGCCCCACCUGGACUAACUGGACAUGGACUAUUGUGUGAGGAUUGGGGCGACACACGGGUGAUGGGGCCACUUAGGGCAGAGCGGGGUCCGCCUGCAGCACAAGGAGGGGCCAUGAAUGAUGUCAUCCUAGGAGGAUGAGGGAUGGUGGCAUGGAUGAUGGGGGUUGUG